CCAUAGAAGGAAGGCAUGUCAACAUUAGGAUUUGACACUUCUACAUUGCAUGUUUCUGAUACGCAACUAAUGGACCUUCAGAUGAAAUCGGACAUAUUCGGAGAUUUUCGGGAGUUUGUCGUCGAUAUUAUUAAGCCACAACCGCCCCACUCAUCACAACCAACACUUUCAUCAUGCCUAGUGAGGAAAAAGCACCACAACAGGCCCGCCAGAGGAAAAAGAGCAAAAAGUCCCGCUCCAAGCGGAAGAUUACUGGUGGGAGUCCCAGUGCCUGCUUAGGAGACUCCUUCGAAGGACAGGAUGACCUCAUCCUACCCCCUGUCCUGCAGCCACCUCCUAAAAAGCCAGUGGUGGAGAGGCCAAAAUUGUCGGCAGCUAAAGUGGAGGAGGAGUCAUCCAUAUCUAUCUGUCUACAGGUGCUAUUCCCCUACCUGCUGGCUGGGAUGGGCAUGGUGAUGGCCGGCAUGGUGCUGGAUAAUGUACAGCACUGGGAGGUGUUUAAGGUGAUCACAGAGGUGUUCAUCCUGGUGCCUGCGCUGGUCGGACUGAAAGGAAACCUGGAGAUGACCCUGGCUGCUAGACUCUCCACUGCUGCCAACACGGGCCAAAUGGACGACCCUGACAAACAGUGGACCAUGGUGUGCAGCAAUCUGGCUCUUAUACAGGUUCAAGCCACAGUUGUGGGCUUCCUGGCAGCAGUGGCAGCAGUGUGUUUAGGGGCUAUUUCCAGAGGGGGGGUUGAACUGGACCAGGCAGCUGUUCUGUGUGCCAGCAGCAUCACCACGGCCUUUGUAGCUGCUCUCUCUUUAGGUCUGGUGAUGAUUGGAGUGAUUAUCGGGUCCAGGAAGGUGGGGAUCAACCCCGACAACGUGGCCACCCCUAUCGCUGCCAGCCUGGGUGAUUUGAUCACCCUGUCCCUGCUGGCCGGGGUCAGCAGCACACUCUAUGAAUACAUAGAUGUAUGGUACCUGUCCCCUGCGGUGUGUCUGGUCUUCCUGGCUCUUAUCCCGCUGUGGGUGGUGGUGGCCCGACAGAGCCCUCAGAUCAAGGAGGUUCUCCGCUCAGGCUGGCAACCUGUUAUAGUAGCCAUGUCCAUUAGCAGUUUUGGAGGUCUUAUACUGGACAAGACAGUGAGUGAUCCCAACUUUGAGGGCAUGGCUGUCUUUACACCCGUCAUUAACGGAGUGGGUGGGAACUUGGUGGCCAUCCAGGCCAGCAGGAUCUCAACCUACCUGCAUUUCUGGAGCAUCCCAGGGGUGCUGCCCUAUAAGAUGAGGCAGCACUGGCCUAAUCCCUGCAUCACCUUCUUUUCCUCAGGGGUGAACUCAAAGUCAGCACGAGUGCUGCUGAUGCUGGUCAUCCCCGGUCAUCUGGUCUUCCUCUAUGCCAUCUCUCUGCUGCAGGGAGAGGAGGCACCUAUCACUGUAGCCUUCACCAUCUGCUACCUGUGUGCUGCUGUGAUACAGGUGGCUAUCCUCCUUUACGUGGCCGACCUAAUCGUCCGUUCCAUGUGGCGACGGAGUCUGGACCCUGACAACUUCUCCAUUCCCUACCUGACAGCUCUUGGGGACCUGCUGGGCACUGGCUUCCUGGCUCUCUGCUUCCGUUGCGUUGCACUGAUUGGAAGCCUGGGUCUCUGAGUUUUCUCCACUCCCUCUUUUGCCUCUGAACUCUUAGCCAGCCACUCUCUUGUUGCACCCAUUUUGAUACAUUUACACAGAGAUGCUUUUGAUUGGACAAUAAGGCAUUUUCUGAUCUUUUAUCACUGGGCCAGUUCAUACAGCACACGUGAUACAUUUACACCUAUCUGUCUGUGAGGAAAAAAAGACCUCACCGUAUUCAGAUGUUUUAAGAUUUCUGUUCCUCAGUGCAUCUAUUUUGAACUUAAGUUUGAUAUCAUUCCUCUUCAUCUCUGUCUUUCUUUUGGUUUUUUUCCUGCACUAACUAAAUUUGAAGUUGGAGGCAGUGUGUUCACUCUGUCUCUCAAAUCAUUUCUUUGGCUUCAUCAGAGGAAUAUGUAGCAAAUUAACAUCAUAGCAGCAAGACAACAUAACAGCAUAUCAACUGUGUAGUCCAGUAGAAAUUUUUGUUCAAUGGCCUUGACUGUGAAAAAUUGGUCUGUUUGUGGACAUUUGUUUGAACAGACUGUACUAUGCAUUAAUGCUAGAGGUGUUGGAGGUUGGUAUGUGUCGUACUCUAACUGGAAUCAUUACUUAUUUAGAAUAAAUUAUACAAAUCAGGUUCA